CUCUUGCUCACACCAGAACACAACAGUACACCAUGGCGAGGAAACAAAGGAAGGAUUACGAGAAAAGCAGCUCGGACGAUGAGGAUAUCGGCGACGAAGAAGAUGGACCACCCACUAUCAACCCAUAUGAGGUCCUCGGCCUGGAUCGCGAAGCUACGGCCGACGAUGUGAAGAAAGCGUACAGGAAGAUGGCACUGAAACAUCACCCAGAUAAGGCUGCUGAGGGCGAGAAGCAAACAGCAAACAAGAAGUUCCAGGAGAUCGCCUUCGCAUAUGCCAUACUCUCAGACGAUCGCCGACGAAAGCGCUACGACCUCACAGGUAGCACUGCCGAGUCUCUCGAAGAUGACGAGGAUUUCGAUUGGCUCAGUUUCUACCGCGGACAGUUUGAGAAUGUCAUCAACGAGGAGGCCAUUCACAAACUGUCUAACGAGUACAAGUCUAGCGAGGAGGAGCGGAGAGACCUACUAACGGCGUACAAGAAGUACAAGGGCAGUCUAGAUCACAUGUAUGAAGCGAUCAUGCUGUCAGACAUCCUGGUAGACGACGAUCGAUUCCGAGAGAUGAUCGACGAUGCCAUAUCGAAGGGCGAGAUUGAAUUGUACCCCGCGUACGCAAAAGAGACGGACGAGACACGCUUGAAGGCGAAGAAGGCUGCGAAGAAGAGCCGCGACGACUUCGAUAAGCGCCAGGCAGCUGAGGAGGCUAAGGCGAAGAAAGUUGGAAAGUCGAACGGCAAGGCGAAGAGCAAGAAGGGCGGCGGCGGAGACAUGGCUGAUCUUGCGGCUUUGAUUCAGCAGCGCCAGGCAUCAAGGGCAGGAGGCUUCUUCGACCGUCUCGAAGCAAAGUACGCACCAAAACCAAAGGGAAACAAGCGCGCUACACCUAUGGAGGAGCCACCUGAGGAAGCUUUCCAGGCUACGUCUGCUCGUGCUAAGAAGCGUAAGCAGAGCAAGAAGGUCGUUGUGGAGGACGAUGAUGAAGACAUGGAUCUCGGAGAAGAGGACAUUGGUAGUUCUGACGAUGAGGGGGAAGAAGAAGCUCCACGCAAAUCGAAGGCACGUACAAAGGCUAGAGGACGAGGUCGUGUCAGCAGCAUCGCUUGAAGACUUGGUGAAUUCUGUAGCUACCUCCAGGCUAGGUCAUCGAACUCUUAACGGGGUCGUAUUUUUGGGAACUUGCAUAGCAUGGUGUUAGGUCAUUUGAAUAUAGUAGUAGCUGCGACAAGUCAUCGCGAGCACAUGGCUGAACCUGGUAGUAUACAA